CUUGGUGCAGCCUACACGUGCAGAUGAGUUUGCCCGCUGGCAGCCCCCCACGUGGAUGUGUUCAUCGGGGUGCAUGUCUGCGUAUGUCCAUAUAUUUGUCGAUGAGUGCCGAGAGGAAAAUGAGAGGGACAUGCGGGUAUAGCAUGCAUUCCUUUUUGAACCACUCGGCCAGGGAGUCGGCCAUAUGCCGCGUCAUUCCGCAGCUGUUGGGCAAAGAUCGGACGGCUGUGGGCAGCUGUGGGUCAUCUGUUUUUGUUUUUCGCACGCCUCUCUUUUACUUCACUCUCACACAACCUUUUCCCGCUUGCGGCGAGAACUCUUGACGAUUCUCGACAGACGGGAGACAAAACCGUUUCACUUGCAGAUUAUCUAUUUCCUCAGCCCUGACCUUCCAUCUCCCCCGCUUCUGCGUCUUUUCGGCCGGCUGUCGUCUCAUGUGGCCCGCCGCAACCUCUUCCAAGCCUCUCUCACCAUCGACGGCUCACCAUGCGCCAGUCUUCUCAGUCUCUUCAGCCUGUAUCUUCUCUGGCCGCAUUGCCACGGUGAGGUGCGGGCUGGAGGACUGCUGCACAAGCAAGAGCGGACGCACUCUUCGGUUGAAGAAACGCGGGGUCACUUUGUCCGUUGCAAAGGGACAACGAGUUGGAGCCUGGUGGUGGUGCGUCCGGGCUGGACAACCCGCCAUCUGUCUGUUUGUGGAAGAAUGAAGCGUCUCAAACAUCAAGGUAGAGAGGGAAGGAAGAGGCAACAGCAUCAGCGCAAAAGGCUGUGGAGCAGCAGCAGCAACAAGCAAGUGACGGCAGCAGCAGACACCGCGAUGGCGGCAAGCGACAGCCGGACGCUGCUGCAUAGCGGCGAUGGACAAGAGUAUGAGUUGCAUGAGAAGCUGGGCGGCGGCACGUACGCCACCACCUACGCAGGCAUGUGGAACGGUCGGUCCGCUGCAUUCAAGACGCUUCUGCUGCCGACGGUGGCGGACGGCAAAGGCGAGCGCCUCAUCGCAGCGACCAUCGAGAGGAGCCGCCUCGAAAGCCUGCGGGAGUCGGUCAGCGAGGCGGACCUGACGCCGAUAGAGGGCGCCAUUCGUCCGUAUUCUCGGGGCCGAGACCGACGAGAACCACCCGGCUGUGCUCGUUAAAGGCGGGAGGGAGACGCCGUGUCUGUUCGUCGCGAUGGAGCAGGUGCCAGCAGGUAUGUGAGGUGCGUGAGACAGACAGGGAGGGAGGGAGGGAGGGAGGGAGGAACGCAUGGAUUUGCUUGUGUGUUUGCUUCUUCGCUUGCUGUUAUUGUCUGUAUGUGUGUGUAUCUGUGCCUUUCAGAUGCGUACAUGGGGAUGGAUGAAUUUGUGAAGCUGCACUCCUUCACGGCCAUAUCGGCCCGCUUCCAGCAGCGUCCCAUCCCCCCCAACUGCACACCCCAGGUCGCCAACGACACGCUGGCGUGACGGCGGGGGGCAUCGAUUUGUCCGUGCGCUGGCUGACGCGUGGUCUGUGGCACCUCACGAGGUGCCACAGAUCGCUGCUGUCGCUUGGCGUCAUCUGCCCCGACAACUUCCUGAAGGACAUGUUCCUGCACAAGAAGGAGCUCAGCAAGAAUGAGCUGCCGCCGCCGUCCCCGGCACACACCACUCCCUCCGAUGACCUCCUCCUCCCCAGCAUCGGAGCCAUCAUGAUAGACCUCGCCAGCAGCGUCCGAGCCACGCACAACCUUCCCAGCCGGCUGCAAUGUGAGCCCGUCACGGCGACGAGCAAGAUGCGCCCCCCCGCCCGAAUCCAGAGUCCGUGCGCCGCUGACCCCUUGCUGCUGUCGCAGCAGGUGGCGGAGCAGCAGACUCCCAACGGCACGCCGGCUGCGCUGGACGAGGUGACGGCGCUGGUGCUGGCGAGGGCGUGGCAGGAGGAGGGCAGCUCCCCGGGCAGCAUGACGGAGGGCGAGCAGAAGGCGUUGUGGGAUGCGUUGGCGAGGGCCGAGAGGCGGAUGAGGGGGGCGGGAGACGGGAGGGUGUUUGAGUGCGACGGUGGUGGCGAGAGUGUGUGGAUGGAUGAGCAGACGGCUGUGGACGGCAUCGGGCAGCUGAUUCUUCGGCUGCUUCGCAGCGACACCAUCGUCCCGAUGGUCGUCCCGCCGACCCGAGGCAACGCGACGGCCGAAGACGACGCGAGAAUAGUGGAGGGCAUGUGUGCCAGAGCAGCGCUGGAUGGCCUCGAGACAUUUCACAAGACGACGAACCCCCACACAGGCCUCCCCCACCAGCCCCCAUCAGCGCAUGCCGUCCCAUCGCUGCUGGACCGGAUCAAUAGCGAGCCGCAUCUGACGUGGGUCAAGGGCGUGGCGGCUUGGCCGGCCAAUCUGGCGCGCCACGCAUGCCACCCCGACCUGAGUGGCCGGCGGAUCACCCUCGCGGACAUCGAGAGAAGCCUCUACGCGCUGCACGAGCACUUCUUAAAGGAGAACUUCGUCGUGCAGGCGAGUGUGUGGGAGGCCGAGGCGACAGCCGACCAGGUCAUGGACCUCGCCACGACCGUCGCGGACGAGCAGGUGGGUCAUGUCGUGUGUUGCAUCGUGUGAGGGAGAGAGGGAACGAGGAUGGGAGUCAGAGUGUGUGCCUCUUUGGGUGCGUGCUUGUUUCUUUGCAGGGGUGUGUGCCUUUCGUUUCGCUGUUCCGUGGCGCAGCGUUCAGACAGCCACCCCAGCCGCCAGUCACAGCCACACCCGUCGCAGCCACAGCCGCCGCCGCCGCAGCAGCAGGGUCACAGGUCGACACGGACAGCGCCCCCCCUGCGCGUUCGCUCCCUGAUGCGCCACCAGCAGCCGUUCCCGGACGGACCCCACUGGCGACACCACCAGCAGAGUUGGAGUCCCCCGGACGGGCACCGCUGGCCCCACCACCAGCAGCAGAGCUGGGCGGCGGCACGUACGCCACGACCUACGCAGGCAUGUGGAACGGUCGGUCCGCUGCAUUCAAGACGCUUCUGCUGCCGACGGUGGCGGACGGCAAAGGCGAGCGAGACAACAGUAUCAUCGCAGCGACCAUCGAGAGGAGCUGCCUUGAGAACCUGUGUGAGUCGGUCGGCGAGGCGGACCUGACGCCGAUUGAGGACAGGCCGACGAGGGCGCGUCCGCAUUCUCGGAGCCCAGACUGACCACAACUGCCCGACUGUGCUCGCUAAAGGCGGGAAGGAGACGCCGUGUCUGUUUGUCGCGAUGGAGCAGGUGCCAGCAGGAGUGGCGAGUUGGAGAGUUAAUGAGCGGGGACUCGUUAACUGGAGAGUUAAGGGAGGGAGGAUGAGAGAGAGGGCAAAUCGCUGACUACGUUUUAUAUUGUGGUGUCUCAUACGACCUCAGCACCGCGCCACCAGGUUGAUGUGUCUGCUGAAGUUUGGCUUGUGGGUGUGAGCAGUCCGCUGUGCAUGCCAUUUGUUUGCAUCCCAGACGGAUGAAAGGACACUGAAUGGAUAUUUAACCC